UAGAAAAGGAUAAAGAUUUGGCUUUUGAAUGGUAUUUAAAAUCAGCUAUUGCUGAACAUGACUGUAAAAUUCAUACAAAUUUUUUCCGAUGGAUAAAAUACGAUAAUUUUAAAAAUAUUGAAGAAGUGGGUAAAGGUGGUUUUUCUGUAGUAUAUAAAACAUCAUAUGAAUUGGAUGAAGAAGUUGCAAUCAAGAUAAUAAAAGAUUCGCAUAAAAAUAAUCAACUUUUUUUAAAUGAGUUAAAGGCAUAUCACGAAUUUGGGAAAUAUAUUGGCAUAUCAAUGGAUAAAAAUACAGGAGAUCUUAUUUUAGUGAUAAGCUACGCAAAAUUUGGUUCAUUACGUGACAAUCUU